UUCAAGUUUUUAAUAAGACCCAAGAGCUCCCCCCCUUUCUCUACAUUCUCAAGCCAAAGAAACCUUAUCAUCAUCUUCAUCACAUACAAACCAUUCUUCACUCUUCACAAACUCACAUACUCUCCACCACACACUCAUCAACAAGAACAAACAAAAAACAUGAAAUCAAUGAUAAACUUUAAAACCAUAAUCAUCACCCUCUUAUACUUUUCCAUCUCCCUCUUACACCUUCAUGCCUACGACCCAAUUGACCGUUUUAACCUCAAUUGUGGCACAACAGGAAACUCUACCGACGGACAAAGAACAUGGACAGGAGACAUAAACUCAAAACUUUUGUCAUCAUCACAAAACAAUCCAACAACAAUUUCUGUUCCAAAAACAACACAAAAUCCUUCUAGCAACAAAAUUCCAUAUUCAACAGCUCGUUUAUCACACUCAAUAUUCAACUAUUCUUUACCCGUCAGUAAAGGUCCUAAAUUCCUCCGUCUUUUUUUCUACCCUACUACUUAUACCAACGGUUUUAACCGUUAUGAUGCUUCUUUUACCGUUAUUUCUAAUGGUUUCACACUUCUUAAGGAUUUUAAUGCUUCAUUAAACGCUGAUGUUGAAGGUGUUGUUACUAUAUUGAAAGAAUAUGUUAUUAACGUUGGUGAUGAUCAAAGGCUUGAUUUGAGUUUUAUUCCAAGUAGUGGAAAUUCUAAUAACUAUGGUUUUGUUAAUGGAAUUGAAGUCUUAUCCAUGCCUGAUUAUCUCUAUUAUACACCACCUGAUGAUCCUGGAUUUUCACUUGUGGGGUCCACCGUCAUACCAGCAUAUACUAUUCCAUCCAACGUUGCACUAGAGACAGAUUACAGAAUCAAAGCUGGAGUGCAAGAUAACUCACCAAACAUUCAAGACAUAGGCAUGCUGAGAAACUGGAACAUCAAUGACACAACCUAUUUAAAAUCACCAACGGCACGUGACUUCGUCCCAGCAGACAUAACAGGUACGAUGAACAUAACUGUAACACCUGAUUACAUAGCACCAAAAGACCUCUUCAAAUCAUCACGUGACUUAGGAGCCAGUGCCACUCUUAACAGACUCUUAAACCUAACAUGGGAAUUCCCCGUUGAUUCCGGCUUCACUUACUUCAUCAGGCUCCAUUUCUGUGAACUCGACCCCAACAUAACCAGUGCAGGUGACCGAGUCUUCAUCGUUUAUUUACAAGGAAAUGUGGCUGAAGAACUAGCUGAUGUUAUGAAAUGGACCCAAAAUCAGAAAGGUCUUGCAGUGCAACGAAACUACGCAGUUUUGAUUCCAAAGAGUGAAAGUAAUAGUAACAAAAAAGUUAACCUCAAAAUUGAAAUGCAUCCUCUUGAUGGUAGAGGCUCCAAAUUUAGUGACCCGUUUUUAAACGGAUUAGAAAUUUUUAAAAUCAGUGAUGUUGGUUUCAAGAAUCUUGCUGGACCGAAUCCAGCAAGAUCAAGGAAUAUUGCUGGAACGACAAAAAUUAUACUCAAAAUGCAUACCACUACAAUAAUAGAAAUAAUUGUAAUCUAUAUUCUAUAUAUUAAAUAUUGAGGAAUCUUUUACUUGGAUAA